AACUGCCGCCACCUGCUUCAUCUAUGCGCUUGGCCGUGCUGAUGCUAAUGUCAAAGCUAAUCCUGCCAUGGAUUAUUAUGAAUUCAACUGUGAAUCACAAUUUGGAGGCAUGGCUCUUUGUACCAAUGAAGGCAUCCGAUUCAUCGUUAACACUAAAGAACCAUACACUGGUGCCAUCUAUGCUGCUGAAAGAUUCUCGACUUGCUCACAGGUUGUUGAAAAUGCCAAACAAAUCAGCAUUACAUUCCCACCUCCCACUGUGUCAUCUGAUUGCGGAACUGUCAUCAGGGACGGAAAAAUGGAAGCCCUUGUUGUCGUAUCGCUUGAUGGUGUCCUUCCACAUCAAGUAACCACUGAAUGGGAUCGUUUCUACCGAGUAUCCUGCGAUGUAUCCAUGGAUAAAAUGACUAAGGAAGGAUCCGUGGUCGUUACAACCAUCUAUGAAGCUAGCUCACAAAACACUACCGUCUUGGAAGUAGCUACUCCUCCUCCAGUUACCGCUGAACUUACCAUUCUGAACCAGCUUGAGGAGCCUCUUCACAAGGCCUCAAUUGGAGAUCCACUUAUGCUGGUGAUCACUUCUGAACAAGCCGGACCUCAUAACAUGAUGAUCACUGAAUGCACUGCCACAAGAGUCGGAGGUUUCGGAGACAGCGUGCCCUUCACCCUCAUCGAGAAUGGAUGUCCACGGUAUCCUGCUCUGGUUGGACCAGUCGAGCAAGAUUUCGACAAGAAUCGACUGAAGAGCGAUUUGCGUGCAUUCCGACUUGAUGGCUCUUACGAUGUCCAGAUAAUCUGCUCGAUUAUGUUCUGUGCUGGACCAAAUGGAUGCCCAUCGAACUGUCUCGACUCCGGCACGAAUGAGCUGUUCAUGUCUCACGGACGUAAGAAGCGUUCGGCACCUCCUACUGAAGGUCAAUCGGAAGAAACCCUUUCCGCAAUCAUCCGGGUCCUAGCAAAGGGUGAGGAAGACGAGCUGCAGUCACAUAAUCAAACUAUGCACAGGUGAGG